AUGAGCAGGUCAAGCUUUGCCUGUCAGGCCCUGCUCCAGGCAGCUCUUCUUUCAGUUGUCUCCGCGAUCCCGGCGCCCACAGCGUUCGUCAACAAUGUCGCUCCGCCCGAGCCCGUCAUCACACCUUCGCCGGUUCAGCAUCGCGCUUCUCGAGUUGCUGGUCGAGAUAUCUUGAGUGACGUCGAUUCUGAUAUAAAUAGCAUCCUUUCUGGCCUGGGAUCCGACCUACCCUCCUGGGUCGCAUCGGGCGUGCCCAACUACUUCCAGGGUUUCCCCACUGGAGAUGCAGUGGUGAGCUCCUUGGGCUUGAACAGCGCUGAGUUGGCAGCCUUGCCCACCAAUGUAUUGAAUAUCGACCCAUAUGCCAACUGGACCAACUCGGGCUGGAACGUUCGCUUUCACGGAAAUGUCUACAAGCAGCCCAACACCUCCGUCUCCGAUCUAAAUGAUUUGGCUGAUGUAUUCCUCGGCAAUACAAGCAUAUCCGACCUUUCUGAAUCCGAGCAGAAACAGGCUCGGAAUCUAACAGCCGAAAUAUUAGUCGUCCAGCAACCUGACGUCGCUGUAAACACGAUCCACUUAGAGCCUGCCCCGAGUCAGGGAUCCAGCGGACAGCCAGGCGGCGGUGGAUCCUCUAAUACCACUGGCGGCACCCAAGACCUCACUCUGCCCUACAACACCACGGUUGAAGGUGACUUUGACACCUUCGUGCCAAUCUCCAGUAACGGCUUGACGGCAGGUAACGAAACUUCGGCGAUACAACGGCUUAACGUUCAUGUGGAGGGCGCAACGAUUGGAAACAGCACCGCCUAUCUUGUGCCUCCGACCGGGCUCACUGUCGUUUCGGACAUCGAUGACAUCCUACGGGUCACCAAAAUCUAUGAGCCCGAGCAAGGAUUACUCAACUCGUUCGCACGUCCCUUCCGGCCAUGGGAGAAUAUGCCGGACAUCUAUCGCAAUUGGUCUAUCAGUCUCCCCAACCUGCACUUUCACUACCUAACGACGACUCCCGAACAAGUCACCCGAAACUACAUGCAAUUCAUCUAUGACAACUACCCCGGCGGGUCUUUCGACACCCGUCCCCUCAACUUUAGCGACGUCUCCGCCACCCUGUCCAUCCGCAAAUUCCUGCUGAAAAAGGUGUUUGAGACAUUUCCGCAGCGCAAGUUUAUCCUCAUCGCCGACACCAGCAACAGCGACGUCAUGCGUGACUACCCGGAAAUGGCGACCGACUUUCCAGGCCAAGUGCAAUGUAUCUUUCUUCGGAACACGAGCGCCACUGACUCCGGUGACAAAUUCCCAUACGAUACGUCUGGGUUUGAAAAGCUUAAUCAGUCGAACUACAUGUUCUUCUUGCAUCCUGAUGACUUGACGAAUCUAGACAUUGCGAAUGGCCAGUGCUAUAACACAUCCAUUCCGCAGAAUCUAACGUUUAGUUAUCAGGGUUUGCCAUUGGGGCUGGGCGACGAACCCACUGCUGUCAAUGGGUCUGCCAAUCAUACUGCUGAGUCGGCGGCCAGUUUGUCGAUGAUGGGUGGGACUGAUAGGCAGGGUUUAGUCUUUCUUAUUGUCCUGGCUACGGUCUCUUUCAUGGUCUUGUAG